AGGGGUAACCAUAACGGUAAAACCGACCCAGGACGGCAGACUGGGCUGCUGGUCGAGGCAAAAUCUGUCCAGCACACUCGGGGAUGACAGGACAGUGAACCAAGACGCUGUUAGCCGAGAACCUGAUCAGCAAGUUUGUUAACCAGCUAACACAGUUAGUUAAUUGGUAACUAUGAUAAACAAGCGACCAGUAUAGCCUUACUUUGUUGAAGUUCGGCUCCGUGUAGAGUAGCAGUUUUGGAUUGUGUUGGCACGAGGCUAACUUUACGUUAGCAACCCACCGUUAGCUAGCUAAUGGUAAAUGUGGGUAAGCGUUCAGGUUAACCUAGCUAGCUAACCCAAAAUCUCUUUGAUGUGGUCUGACAGCUGUAGCAUAAAGCUAGGUAACAUUUGCAGAAGGAGCAGUAGUUGGAAAGUUUGACUCAAGUCGACAAAUCAUGGCGUCGUUGCUGUUUGAUUCGACAACAUAUGCAGAGGAGCAGUUUUGACUGGGCUGUCAAAAAGCUCGCUGACGUUAGCUACCCUGGCUAGCCAGCUAGCGUCCUUGCUACCAUGGCCAAAAUAGAGAACGGCCGUCAAACAGCGGAUACACGGAGUAUCCGGACUAUUAGCAGCAGUCACAUUGACGACGAAAGCUCUCUGGGAUCAGACUCCGAGAUCAACGGCUUCACCAGCGACAGACAAACCGAUAAAUAUGGAUUUAUUGGUGGGGCACAGCAGUAUACGGAGGCGUCAGCUCAGGAUGUGCCUCCAGAGGUGCUCAGGCAAAGAGAGGUGAAGUGGCUGGACAUGCUCACCCACUGGGACAAGUGGAUGAUCAAGAGAUAUAAUAAGGUGAGGCUGCGGUGUCAGAAAGGAAUCCCUCCUGCCCUCCGAGGCCGAGCAUGGCUCUAUCUGUCCGGGGGGAAGGUGAAGAAAGAGCAAAACCAGGGAAAGUUUCAGGAGCUUGAUAGCCAACCUGGGGACCCCAAAUGGUUGGAUGUGAUUGAGAAAGACCUCCAUCGACAGUUUCCUUUCCAUGAGAUGUUUGUGUCACGGGGAGGACACGGGCAGCAGGACCUGUUCCGUGUUCUGAAGGCCUACACUCUGUACAGGCCGGAGGAGGGGUACUGCCAGGCUCAGGCUCCCAUCGCCGCUGUGUUGCUCAUGCACAUGCCUGCUGAGGAUGCCUUCUGGGGCCUGGUCCAGAUCUGUGAGAAGUAUCUUCCUGGAUACUACAGCCCUGGCCUGGAAGCUAUACAGUUAGAUGGAGAGAUCCUGUUCGCUCUGCUGCGGCGUUUCUCCCCGCUAGCCUUCCGCCAUCUGGAGAAACACAAGAUCGACCCCAUCCUCUACAUGACUGAAUGGUUUAUGUGUGCCUUCUCCAGGACGCUGCCCUGGGCCUCUGUGCUGCGGGUCUGGGACAUGUUCCUCUGUGACGGAGUGAAGAUAAUCUUCCGUGUGGGUUUGGUGCUGCUGAAGUGCAUGCUGGGAACCCGGGAGAAGCUGAAGGCCUGCCAGGGCCAGUAUGAGACCAUGGAGCUCCUCAGGGCCAUAGAGCCUCGAUACAUGCAGGAGGGCUUCCUCGUCCGAGAGAUUCUGGAGGUGCCGGUGACAGCGCGAGACGUGGAAAGGGAGCAUCACACCCAGCUCAAGCGCUGGAAGAAGAACCGCGGAGAGCUGAAUUUCAAAUCGCCUCCAAGGAUGCACGGCGCUCGGCUCAUCAUGUUGGCCGAGCCGCCGAGGCGCCAGGACCUGCUGCAGAACCCCACCAUUCUGCUGGAGAUGCCUCAGCCCACCUCACAGCUGAAGAAGGGCAAAGAGGAAAAGAAAAGCAAGAAGAAGAGCAUGAAGAAAUCCAAGCCCAUUGAGGAGAUCCCAAAUCCUUAUGCUCUACCUAGUGACCCACCACCUCCACCUCCACCCUCAGAUCCACCAGCUCCUCCUCCAGUCAGCAGCGAGACCACAUCAACUGUGCCACAGACUGAAACAGACUCACCUCAGCAGCAGCAGCAGCAGCAGCUGCAGCAGCAAGGGACAGAGCUUCCCCCUGCCAAAGAAUCUCCUCUGCAGCGAUCCACACAAAGCCUUAGCAGCACAGAGCUGGAUACAUACCUGUAGCUCUGCCGCGGUCACUGUGUGUGUGUGUGUGUGUGUUUGUGCACGUCUGUCUGUGUGUUUGUGUUUGUGUGUGGACGAAGCACCAGCACCCUUCAGCCAAUGACCAGCAAGCCUUGCCAAGGUCUCUGAUUGGCCAGCAUCACUAUUAUUCUAGUGUUUGACUGUUUUGUAUUCAUUUUAAUCACCAUUUUGCCUACGAUGUUAUUGGUAUACACUAAAGGAUCAUCACUAAUUGUAAAAUCCUUUGAUGCUGAAGCCAUUCCUCCACCUGAAACUGAAGUUACCUCCAUAAGUCUUAGUGUUCCAGGGAGACAUGUUACUGAAUUAUUGGGAGCAAAGUCAUUUCUUCACAGCAGUGUGCUUUUGAGGUGUAGAUGGGACUUAAAGGCACAUUUCACCCCAAAGUCAAAAACAUAAAUCAUGACCUUGUCACUCAAUAUAAUCCACAGUGCUUGUUGUGAGCACUUGCAUGUAGGAACUACUUUCUUUUCGUAUCACUGUGCAGAAGUAAGCGUGCACUCAUGGACAAGAGGCCAACUAACUUAGCUAACUAACAGUACAGGUCAGCCAAGAAGGACGGCAUUAGUGUUCACCUCCUGCCCUGACGAACACAAGCCUGUAAGAGGAAAAAUGUGUGAAUUUUGGGUGAACUGUCCCUUUAAGGAGCAUCGAGGUGCCACUGCUUAUGCCAUUUUUUGUAUACAUUUCCAGUUUGACACUAUUGAGAGCGUUAGUGAUCCUGUGCAGCAGUGGUUGUGGGCUCCUGAUAUGCUUCUUUAAAGUAUUAUGUGCCAUUCUGGGGGUUGUCCACUAGAGGGCAGCCUCACCGAGAUUUCAGCUCUAUUUCCUGUUACAUUCCCUGCAAGUACCCUCACCACAGGAUUUACAAAGUUUGGGAGGUAUUAUUAUUUUCAAAUUAAGCUUAUGUUUUCUUUCCAGUAGGUUAACUUGUGCAUUUCAUAUUUUAUAUUUUUAAUCAUCUUUCUAAAGCCAAGAAAUCCAGUCACGCCACAUAACAUUCAUGCAUGUCUUUUUCUCCAAAGCACUAUUUAUUUAAAAAAAAAAAAAACAUGAUAUUUGUUGUUUGUGCACGCCCAACUCGUGCACAAAUGGUCACAUUUUUCCAGCAUCAGUUGACUUGGUGUGGUGUAACUCUGUAUAAACUCACUGUGCCAGGAGCAUCCAGCCACUUCACAGCAGCAGUAAUUCUUGCUUGGCAGCAGAGGAUAACACUGGACGUUCCUCGCUGUACAACACAUUCCUGCCUUGUUAAAAGCUAAUCUGUCUCGAAGCUGUCUCUUGCCAAAUGCAGAUCUGUAUAAUGUGUGUUUGUGGGUGUGUUUCCUGUGACAUCGUGGACAGUGAGUGAUUGCCAGUCGCCUCGUGGUGCUGACCUGCCUCUUGACAAGAAGAUCUUGUAAGAGCGUUGGUUCUGGUUUUUUUCUAAUACUUUGCUAGAAUUUCCAAAGCGGACUAAGGCUGUGUUGUUCUGAGAUGACCUACGACCACUUCCUGUGACCAGACUAAUUCUGUUAGUACAGUCAAGAGGGAUGAUGGGAUGUUUUGGGGGGUGGGGGGUUGUUUGUAGCAUUUGUCUUUGGAAAAUCGGGCUAAUUUCUCUGGGAAGACGCACAGAGGGACAAACAAAUGGGACAAUCUUUUCUCUCUGUGUCAGUCCAAGUCUGUUUUCUAACUUUCAUCACAAACGGUAAAGGGAGUUUUGACAAACAUAAGCACACGUGUGUAUUAUGUGUUUGUGUAUAUAAAAAACAUAAAAAAAAUCUGCUAAAGAAUGCAUGUUUGUUCAGUUAUAAAAGGCAGUGGGGGUUGAAUGGAUUUCCCUGCAGUCACUUGCCUGGACGCAGUAGUUUUUUGUUUUUGUUUUUGUUUUUUGUUUUUAGUUGCUUAUAUUUACACACCGCACAUUUCGCUGACAUUUUAAUUUAAUGUUCUUUGUGUAGAUAAAACAUGUAAAAUAGCAAUUUGUUUUGUAAUGUAAUCUAUUUUUCAAUCUAAAAUGCUAUAUUUUAUUGAGCAGUUACAGAAGCUGCAGAGAGGACAGCUCUAAAACCCUUUGAGAUUUAGCACCGUGUAUUUACUUCAACAUUUGUAACACUAUAAGAAAAACAUAACAGAAAUUUUGGGCUAACUUCUGCAAGUGAAAAAGUCUUUCUUACUCUAAGGACAGACAGGUAUUACUUUACCAUUCACAUUCACGAGUUAUGAAAGUGAUGUUUGACAACCGUGAAGCAGAAUGCAUCAUCAUGAGUUUAACUUUUACAAAUAAAUCUUUGUGUUUGAAGCUGACUUAAACCCUUUGUGUUUCAGUUGUGAGCAUAUUGUAGGUAAAUGGAUGUAACGUCUCGUCUCCACCACCAGAUGGCGCUGCGGAGUCAUCCCUUUGAAAUGAAGCUGUGGGUUACUACA